AUGGAGGACCCAGUCGAGUUUGACGCUACAGCCCCUCCAGUCCGAGCCUCGUCGCCCUCUCCCUCCGUCUCUCCAACACCCGCAAUCUCGUCUUGCCCGUCGCCAGACCGUACAUCCCGUACGUUCUCUACAUUCUCUACGGUCUCUUCAUUGUCAACAUCUUCCGGUGCUUCCGGCGAUGCCAGAUCAUCGGUGUCGGUCUCCACCCGGAGACGGGGGUAUAUCCGUCCUCAGGGGGCGGAGUUUGCCGCCUCCGCAAAAAACCGGGAGAGCGUGAUGAGCUUGGGAAGCAUUGCCCACCUGCAAUACUAUUUUGCUCGAACUGGCCUGCUGGACGGCAAGGGCGGGAAUACGCGCGAAUAUAAAAAGAAGAAGAGGAACACGGAAGGGUUUCCGCAGUUACUCCUCACCCCAAAUUCUCACUUCACGGACGAUUUCACCACGAGCCCGACGGAAGAAGAACACACGGAUCCAGGGGAAGAUGUGUAUGACGAAGUCGAACCCGGGGAGGAGGUGAUGCUUCCUCCUACCGUUAGCACCUAUAGCAUUAAAACGCACUACAUUCCACCCCCUCCAGACCUGCUGCAGCUGCGGAGAGACCUUUUGAAUGCGAUAUGGAAAGCACAGAAAGAAAUUGAUACGGUAUCCCAGGACCAGCCUUCUCCAGAAACACUCCCCCCACGGAUUGACAUCUCGCCAGAAGGCAAUGCAGACUCCGAUGAAAAUUCACAAGUCCAAGCAGAUUUGGCUGCAGCUCGUAAGACAUGGGACGAGAUUCAGGGUAUGCGAAUUCUGGAUGUCGUGACGCUUGCAAUUCGCGCAGCAAAAAUAUAUUAUACCACCCACGAGUAUCCGGAACGUCUAUCGUCAAUAAGAAGCGAACGCGAGAUCAGGCAAGACUUGUUCAAUGUGUUGGAGGUUCUGAAGCGAUGGGCUGGGCGCAAUUUUGCAGGUGGACUCCGGGAAGACGAGCAGAAGGCUGUCCUAGAUUGGAUGUCCGAUGUGCGCGACAUGCUCGGGAAAGAGGCAAGGCUUGAAGAAGCGGAAGUUAAGGAGCGCGCCAGUUGGGGUUGGAUCGAGGGGGACUGGACAGGUCGCGAACGACAGCGAGAGGAGGCAUUCCUAGCUAGCCUGACGGGUCCGGACUCAUCACUGCCAGCAUGGCCGGAGCUUGAGAAUGGCUCACCACCGUCACCAAUGCUUGAGCAACUGUGUGAUGGUCGCGACUUAAUUCGGAUCCACAACAUAGCCGUCAAAAAAUCUAAGCGACCGUUUGGCGAGAUUAAAACCUUCCAUGAAGAUAUCGCCAAGCCUUAUCGACGCGCAGACAACCUUCGAUUUUGGAUAAAGGCAGCUGAGAUCCGAUGGGAGACAAAGCUGGACUUGGACGUGAUGGGUGUUGUCAACGGCAACAGCGACGAGGCAUGGCACCAAUUUGACAAAGCAGUCGCCGCUUGGUGUAAAUCCGUCAGGCAAGAACUUUCACAAGACCUGCGAGUGUUAAGAAGACGGGCGACUGCAGCCAGUGCCGAUGGACUGCUUGUGAGCAAGAAACGAUAG